GAGAGAGAGAGAGAGAGAGAGAGAGAGAACCGGCAUCUAGAUUUGCUCUCCAGAUUCCAUGAAGCUAAGACUUAAGAGAGGGAGAGAAAAAUCGUAUUCUACCGAUGCAUCUGUAUUAUAACAGAUCGGAGCGGGAACGAGCAUAAAAAAAUAUCUACUUGAUAAAAAAAAACAAGCUGAAACGUGCAAGAUUUCCAAAUCCUACUUUAAAAAAAAAACAAGCAACCAAGAACAAAAUAACAAAGAAAUCAAGCUGGCUCUCUCUCCUUCAGCUCAGAGCAGCCUGAUCGCGGCGAUCGCAGGCGUGUGCCCCGGCGCUUGGAGGUCUGGACGACCUAAUACCAUCUGCAGUAAAAGGAUGGCAUCCGAAUUGGCAAUCAACAGCGCCGACCUACCCAACAGUCCCCUUGCGAUGGAAUAUGUUAAUGACUUCGAUCUGAUGAAAUUCGAAGUCAAAAAGGAACCGCUGGAGUCCGAAGGCAAUCCGGGCAGUCACUGCAACCGCAUCGGGGGCUCGUUGUCUUCUACCCCAAUGAGUACCCCGUGUAGUUCGGUGCCACCGUCCCCCAGCUUCAGCGCCCCAAGCCCCGGGGAGCAGAAGGCGGCGCACCUGGAAGACUUCUACUGGAUGACAAACUACCAGCAGCUAAACCCGGACGCUUUGAGCUUCACGCCGGAGGAUGCGGUGGAGGCCCUGAUUAACAACGCUCAUCAGCAGAUGCAAGGAGGCUUCGAUGGCUACCGGGGACAACAGCAACAGCAGCAGUACGCGGCGGCCGGGGCCGGCGCCGGGGCCGGAGCUGGAGCGGGCAUGGCCGGCGAACAGAUGGGUCCGCCCGGAACCGUGGUACCUCCUCACCACCAGCACCAACACCACCACCACCACCACCACCAGGGGCACCAGCACCCGGGGGGAGGAGUAGCCGCCGUUGGCACGGCUAACACCGGGAGCACCGGCCCCGCUACCGGCGGCAUUCACCAGCACCCGCACCUGCGGAAUAACGACCGCUUCUCCGACGACCAGUUGGUCAGCAUGUCCGUGAGGGAGCUGAACCGGCAGCUCCGGGGUGUCAGCAAGGAAGAGGUGCUCCGACUGAAGCAGAAACGCCGGACCCUCAAGAACCGAGGUUACGCGCAGUCCUGCCGAUACAAGCGGGUGCAGCAACGGCACAUGUUGGAGAGCGAGAAGACGCAACUGCAACAGCAAGUGGAACACUUAAAACAGGAGAUAACCAGACUCGUUCGGGAGAGGGACGCCUACAAAGAGAAGUACGAAAAACUUGUGUCCAGCGGCUUCAGAGAAACGGGCUCGUCCAGCGAUAACCCUUCCUCCCCGGAGUUCUUCAUGCUCAACACAGCAAAUGAUGUUAAUGGAGCAGCAAAGAAUGGACAAUACAACCUGAAAGAGGCUAAACAAAUGCUCAGCUACAGAAAACAUGAUGCUGGAAUGCUGAUUGCUUAGAUCGGAACUUUCCCUGCAGCCCAGGGAUCGCCAUAAAGCACAAAACCUCUGACAGAAAGAAUCAGCAAAGAGAAAGACAACCACCACAGCAGCGUUCUCAAGACUCCUUUGGCUAGUUUAGUUUUUUCCUCGUUCAAUUUUUUUUAAAGAGAGGACAGCAAAGAACAAAUGAAGAUGACUAUUCAUUCAGGUCUCUCUCUCUUUCACAUGCACACACGUACACACAUUCACACACGCACACACACACACACAACAUUUACACAUGUAACACACACACGCAUGAUGUUUGAUUAAAAAACAGUGACAGUAUUUAACAAAACACACCACGCACACAACUGACAAGAUGCUGGCAUUACUUAUUAAGAAAAACUGAGCAAAGAAAAAGAACCUUAAAAAAAACUGUGUGUGCAUCGGCGAAGCAGUCUUAAUCUGUGAAUGAAGACCAAGCUGAGAGAGUUACUGACCCUUCUUGAUCUCAGACCCACAGUCGCUGAUGGCACUUUGUGUAUAUACUUAGGCUUCUUUGAUAUAUUCAUAUAUUUCAACAGUGCUUCCGAUUCUCACAGUAAUUGUGAUUGACGUUAGAUUACGGGUAGUCACAAAGGGAAACUCUGAGGCCACUCUAUUAGUCUAUUGGAUUCCAAAUAGGUCAAGGUAAACGAGAGCUGGUCCAACCCACCGGACUCUGCAUUAGUAGCACGUCAAUACAGAGAUGACUGCAGGUUUUUAAAUUAAAUUGUGUUGAUGUUUGGUUCAAA